AUGUUGGAGAAGAUCGUUCAACUGCCUCGGGAACUGAUAAUGGAAAUCUUGCUGAGGUUGCCGGUGAAGACUGUACUACUAUGCAAAUGCGUCUGUAAGUCAUGGCUCUCUGUCAUCUCUAAUCCCGAUUUUGCAACUUCACAUUUUCAACUUGCCGCCACACGGCCCACUCGUAGACUUUUGUUCCUAGAAACUUAUUCUCUUGAAACCCUAUCCAUACAUCUUGAUGCAUCGCUUGCCAAUGAUUCUGCAUAUGCUUCGCUAAACCUUGAUUUUUUGCAUACUGGCUCUCUUCCUGAAGUUAGAGGUUCAUGUAGAGGGUUCAUUUUUUUGCACUAUGAUACAUACUUCUACAUAUUGAAUCCAUCCACAGGUGUUCAUAAACACUUACCUCGGCCUCCUGCUAUUGACUCCACUGAUUAUUUUUCAUGGCUUCUGUACGGUUUCGGAUAUGACUCAUCAACCAAUCAUUACUUAGUAGUUUUGGGGUCCCGUGAUCAGGCAUCUGAUUCCAUUAACUUGGAAUUUUUCUCAUUGAGAGCUAAUAAGUGGAAACAAGUUGAGGGUGGUUUUCGUUUUCCUCAUAGGAUUACUGUUGAGAGAGCCGGGUUGCUUUUGAAUGAGGCUAUUCAUUGGUUGGUUUAUAAUUAUGAGACCAGAAGGGAUGUUAUUCUCGCCUUUGAUGUAAAGGAAAUGAGAAUGUCAGAGAUAGCUCUGCCAGAUUAUUUUGUUGUUGAUUAUACCUCUUUUAUAGAAGAUGAUUUUUUGGUACUUGGAGGACUUAUCUGUGCAUGGCAUGUUGAUGUCAAGAUGGAAACAGUUGAGAUAUGGGUUAUGCAAGAAUAUGCACUGCACUCAUCUUGGACCAAGACUCUUGUUUUUUCUAUGCAUCCCGCUCCAUACUUUUCCCCAAUAUGUUUUACAAAUUGUGGUGAUAUAAUUGGAAUAGAUGGUAAAGGUGGGUUGAUGAAGUUUAAUGACAAAGGACAGCUGCUAGAGCAUCGCUCUCACUCCUAUGGUAAGAGUUACUUUCGAAGAUCCCAAAUGGGGGUAUAUACGGAGUCUCUGCUUUCACUCCCUGGUGGCACCGAGCAAUCUCAAGAAGAUGACUAG